AGUUCACCGGCGUCUACGUUGCCCUAACGUCUCUGCUCUCUAAUUUCACUUCCGUCUCCUUCUCCGGCUCCUGCUCCGAGCUCCCGAUUCUUCUACACUUUACAGCUUCCGCUUCUUUCUGUUGCAUACUUCUCCUCUGCUUACGAGAACGGUUCGUGUUCUUCCAGUUCAUCUACAGUCGCCGUCACUCCUGUCCGUAUCUCUUAACGCUCGACGCAUUCAUGUCAAAGAGAAGGGGCCUGUCUCUGGAGGAAAAACGUGAGCAUAUACUUCAAAUCUUUUAUGACUCGCAGGACUUCUUUCUUCUUAAAGAGUUGGAGAAAUUGGGUCCUAAGAGAGGUGUAAUCAGCCAAUCUGUCAAAGAUGUUGUCCAAAGCCUGGUAGAUGAUGAUCUGGUUUUGAAAGACAAGAUAGGCACUUCUGUAUAUUUUUGGAGUCUUCCUAGCUGCGCUGGAAAUCAGCUGAGAAAUGCACACAACAAACUAGAAUCCGAUCUCUUGAAUUGCACAAAGCAGCUUGCAGAGCUGGAUGAGAAGAGAGUUAGCCUGAAGCGGGGCAGAGAGGAAUCAGUAAGCCUUUUUUAUUGCCUAGCGGUUAAAUGUGUUAGUUAUAAAAUUGUUUUUGGGAUGUCCAGCUGAUGAAGCAUUCUCAGUUCUUAGGAAGAUUUACAUACAUACCACUUAAUUCCUAUGGAGGGGGGGACAACUCGAUGUUGAUUAUGUUAUGGGUGUCCUCUGUCCCGAUCAACAGGGUUUUCCUCAAAAAUUGUUGAAUGUAUUUAUUAUUGAUUA